AGACUGGAGCAUGCUCAGCAGAUCCUGAGCAGCUGGAGAGUGAAAGUGAAAGUGCAGGGGCUGCUGUGUGAGCCAUUACUGGCGUCUUCAUCUAUUCCCCAUGCUGUGUACAGCCUGAAGACCACCGCGUACAGGACCUGCAGUCAGUGGCCUCUUCAGGUUCCAGUUUUAUAACGUCAUUAACAUAAGGUAGGGAAAGCGUCCAUAAAGGUGAAGGUAACACAUUACAAUGACUCUUCUAUUUCGUCCUGGAAUUUUAUGCUUCUUAUGGACAUUUUGCACUGUGGCUAAUGUAGCUGAUAAGUUAGACAAUUCUAAGGAAGCCUUCCCCUGGAAAGACCUCAGAUUACCAAAACAUGUCAUCCCUUUGCACUAUGACCUCUCCAUACACCCGAAUUUAACCACGCUCACGUUUGCUGGCCUUGCCAAAAUUACAGUUAUCGUAAGAGAGCAGACUCAUUCUGUCAUUCUGCAUAGCAAGAACCUGGUCAUAACCAAGACAAGUGUGGAAAGAAUAAAGGGGAACAGGCUCGUACAACAAGAUUUACACCUUCUGGAGAGUCCCACAAGUGAACAGAUUGCACUUCAAGCUGAUGAUCCAUUGAGCCCUGGAGAAAACUAUACUCUUCAUAUUACUUACAACGCCAACCUAUCUGACAGCUUCCAUGGGUUUUAUAAAGGCUCCUACAGGGCCCCAGAUGGAGAGAUCAGGGUGCUUGCAUCAACCCAGUUUGAGCCUACAGCAGCACGUAUGGCCUUCCCAUGUUUCGAUGAGCCUGCCUAUAAAUCCAGUUUUUCUAUAAAAAUACGAAGGGAAGAAAAACACAGUGCUGUGUCCAAUAUGCCCAUCGUAAAGACUCUACAUGUGGCCGAUGGGCUUUUAGAAGACCACUUUGAUGUCACAGUGAAGAUGAGCACCUAUCUUGUGGCUUUUAUUGUUUCAGACUUCAAAUCAAUCAGUCAGAUCACAAACCAUGGAGUCAAGAUAUCUGUCUAUACUGUUCCACACAAGAUAGAUCAGGCUGUGUACGCCUUACAAGCAGCAGUAAAACUUCUGGACUUUUAUGAGGAAUAUUUCCGUAUACCAUACCCUUUGCCAAAACAAGAUCUUGCGGCAAUUCCUGACUUUCAGUCUGGUGCGAUGGAAAACUGGGGGCUGACGACUUAUAGGGAGUCUGCAUUGUUAUAUGAUCCCAAGACAUCAACAGCCUCCAAUAAACUUUGGAUUACAAUGGUCAUUGCUCAUGAGCUGGCUCACCAGUGGUUUGGAAACCUGGUAACGAUGGAGUGGUGGAAUGAUCUGUGGCUGAACGAAGGAUUUGCGAAGUUCAUGGAGUAUAUUUCUGUCAACAUUACUUAUCCAGAGCUGCAAGUUGAUGACAAAUUUCUAGACAAAUGUUUUAGUGCCAUGGAAGUAGACUCGUUAAACUCUUCCCAUGCAGUGUCCACCCCUGUGGAGAAUCCUGAACAGAUACUAGAGAUGUUUGAUGAGGUCUCCUAUGAUAAGGGUGCUUGCAUUUUGAACAUGUUGCAGGACUACAUGGGUUCAGAAAGUUUUGAAGCCGGUAUUAUACAUUACUUACGACGUUUUAGCUAUCGCAAUGCAAAGAAUGAAGACCUGUGGGACAGCAUGACAGAUAUCUGUCCUUCAGAAGACAGCGCCAGUGGUAACAAUGAGAAAAGAGGAUUCUGCAGAAAAGGGCAAGAAAAAUCUCACUGGACAGAAGAUAGUAUCAUUGAUGUAAGGGCUAUGAUGAAUACAUGGACACUACAGAAAGGUUUUCCAUUAGUUACUGUGACAGUAAGAGGAAAGUACGUCCACGUACACCAAGAGCAUUAUCAGAAAGGUGCUAGAGAUGCUGAAUCUGCAGGGUUGUUAUGGCAUAUUCCAUUGACCUACAUCACCAAUAAAUCAAAUGCAGUUCAAAGAUUUUUGCUAAAAACUAAGAAAGAUAUGCUGGUCCUGUCAGAAGAAGUUGAAUGGAUCAAGUUCAAUGUGGGAAUGAAUGGCUACUACAUUGUCCAUUAUGAAGAUGACGGCUGGGAUGCUAUGAUAAAACUUUUGAAGGAGAAUCACACUGCAAUUAGCAGCAAUGACCGGGCCAAUCUCAUUAACAAUGCAUUCCAACUUGUGAGCAUUGGUCGUCUACCGAUUGACAAAGCUCUCAGCUUAACAAUGUACCUGAAGAAGGAAGAUCGGAUCAUGCCAGUUUUUCAAGGAAUGGAUGAACUGAUCCCUAUAUACAAACUAAUGGAAAAGCGCGACAUGAAGGAGGUGGAAGAUCAGAUGAAAGCUUAUAUUUUAAAGCUUCUCCGCCACCUGAUAGAUGCCCAGUCAUGGACAGAUGAUGGCACAGUGUCUGAGAGGAUGCUCCGCAGUUCUUUGCUUCUGUUCGCCUGUUUACGGAAAUACCAGCCAUGUAUCGAGAAGGCCCAGGAGUACUUUACCAACUGGAAGGAAUCCAAUGGUUCAUUAAGCUUGCCACGUGAUGUCGUCUUUGCUGUUUACGCUGUAGGAGCUCAGACAUCUGAAGGUUGGGACUAUUUGUUUGAGCAAUAUAAGACUGCUGACACUGGUGAAAUGCACCUCAUUGAAUAUGCAUUGACUAUGACUCAGAAUCAGGACAAGCUGCAGUGGCUCAUGGAUGCGGCUUUGAAAGGAGAUCUUAUAAAAACUCAAGAACUACCACACAUUGUUGUCUCUGUGAGCAGGAACCAAGUUGGUCACCUCUUGGCUUGGAAUUUUUUGAAGACUAAUUGGCAUCAACUCAUUCAAAAGUUUGAGUUGGGAUCACGUACAAUUGGUGACAUGGUUGUUGGUGUGACAAAACUGUUUUCUACAAGGGAGUGGCUGGAAGAGGCAAUGCAGUUCUUAGAAUCAUUGAAAGAAAAUGGUUCCCAGCUACGUUGUGUUCAACAAGCAAGGGAGACUAUGGAAGAAAACAUUCGAUGGAUGGAUAAAAACUUUGACAUUGUUAAAACCUGGCUAGAAAAUAACAGUUUAUAGAUUUGGUGCUCACGCUUUGUGAGCCCAUGUGAACUUAAUUCUGUCCCAUGCUUUAUGAUGACCUGAUAAAAAUCCCUUGUAGGCAUAAAAGCAGCCUUUUUCAGCCUCUAUGUUGACAGCACGUGUUGGUCAUGUCAUUCAGAAAUCCUUAGCUGAAUGUGUCCAAUAUGUUCCCUUUUACCGUCAUGUUGUUUCUAGGUGCUGGGUAAUUUAUAUCUCUAUAGGAGUUGGAUCCCCGUUUUUCUGUUACAGAACUCCAAAUCCACUGCAUAGACAUACACUGUAGAUUUAAGACCGUAUUCUUGCUGCCUCCAUACGGUUAUCCAUUGACCUCCUUAAUAACACACUGGCGGUUUGCUGGUAGCCAACAUGUUGGGGAAGGUUGUAGAUGACAAAACCUUAGACAGACUGUCUAGACCUGUACUAGAUUUAUCACAGUGGCUCAGGCUGCAGGGAUAGACACUUUUGUGUAACUCUAUGUCAAUUAUUCAUUGGCAUAUCUGCUGUUUGCUAUAUUUCAUAAGCCAUAUCCUCUUGUAUGGUAAAUCUUCUAUGCCGUCCGCAUAGAAAUCCUGUCCAUAAGGCCUUAUGCACACGACCGUGCCGUUUUUUGUGGUCCGCACAAAACGAAAGCUGCCCGUGUUGCCUUCCGCAAUUUACGGAACGGGCGCAAGCAAUAUAAAUGCCUAUUCUUGUCCGCAAAGCGCGGACAAGAAUAGGACAUCUGGGAAUAUUUUGGAUCUUUUAAUAUUUGUCUGUAUGGGUGAUACAGUUUUCCUGGCCUAGAGCACCUGGUCCCUAUUUUCACAGGAGUGAGCUAUUCCUAUUACACUUUUCUCAAGAAUAGGACAUGUUAUAUUUUUUUAGCGGGGCCGCGGAACGGAGCCACAGAUGCGGACAGCACACGGAGUGAGUGAAUGGGUCCGCAUCAAAGCCGCCAAAACAGCAGCUGGGAUGCAGACCUAAACAACGGUCGUGUGCAUGAGGCCUAAGAUGGCUGCUGAUGGAGGGCCAUGUGACCAGACACAUCACUCAGCCUCCUGUAUUCUAACACACUUCAGUGCAACUACAGAUCGCAGGUGUAGUGUAUUUGAAUGGAAGAGACAUCACAUGACCCUCCAGCAGCAGCCAUUUUAUGGACAAGAGCUCUGUGUGGACAGCGCACAAAAACUUGGCAAACAACGGAGCAUACCCUAUGAAAUAUAGAAAAUGGUACAGAAUUUCAACAAAGGCUAUCCUAGUAAGUGCUAUAUAAUCAUCUUACAAACAGAUGAGUCAACAGUAACAAGACAGUGGUCAACCCUUUUAAUUUCUUAUGCUUAUGACAAUGCUGUUGCACACAGAGUGCCUGCUGGGCUGAGGCUAGGUCUACAUGAGAUGCUUGGAUUGGCUGCUUAGCGUCCUAGAUCAUUUACUUGUGGUACUGUUGGAGAUGUGUGGGUUGUCACAAGUUUCUUUAGAGAUAACUAUUGACAACAUAUUGGUGUAGCUUGUCUCAUUAGGGUAGAUUCACAUAUGCGUUAAUCUAAUCCGGUAGUCUGUUCCAGCAGAGAACAGACUGCCAGAGUGUAACCGCAGCAAUAUUUGUCCAGCCAAAAGACAGCAUUUAUGCCAGGCAGUUGUGGGAUCCCAUUAUAGUCAUUGAAGGUCUGUGGUGCAAGGCAUUAUCAGGCUAUGCCAGAAAUGGUAAGCUCUGGUAGUCUGUUCUCUGCCAGAACAGACUAUUUUAUUAGUUUCCUGCAGACGUAUGUGAAUUUAGACUAACAGUGCAAAUAUCUCAAGAUAAAGUCUAGGGAGUGGGUUAGGACUUAUUCACGUGUGAGAAGUUUGUAGGAAUGAAUGCGGAGCUUUGCUCAGGGAUACUUUAUUCUCUUACAGUUUUUUAUUUUUAGAGCAGUUAAAGGCUAUGUACACCUUUGCGGGCAAU